AUGGAAGCCCCCUUCGACGCUAUUAACGCAUACCGGUGCCAAUCAUACGCACGAUUCACUUCGAACCUCGAUAGAAUUCACAUUGAAGCGUUGUACUGGAGUCUCUUCUUCCUUGUGAUCAUAGCAUUGCUCUCGACGUCAUGUAUAUUCCAAUGGACGAUGGAAUACCGUAACCACCCGGCCUUUACUACCGAGAAAUUUCGAAAGAAACUCGCCGUCUCACUCGGACUCACUUUUGGAAUAUUCCUCGUGGCGACUGCCAUGCUUGUCAUAGAGGUAUUUUGCCUCUUUGGGAUGCAGUUCUGCGUGGAGGAGCCUCUCAUCAUCCUGUAUUGGUCCCCAUGGUCGAUUUUGCAGUUUGGCUCUGUGAUCGCCAUCCUAGGAGUAAAUCUAGCCUUGCUGCACCACCUGUGCGAUAUGGAACAUCCGCAAUGGGCUCUUGCAUUAGGCACGCCUGUUCUGGUUGUGGCGGGCUUUGGCCACCUCUUGACUGUAAUAAUACGGAAACUUUACAGCAACGUCAAAACAAGGAGAGAGUCAAGCAAAACUCAAAGUUCGUCCCGCAGUGUCAAGGGUCCAACCUUAUCUUCUCAGACUACCAUUGAGAACUCAGAGCUGCAAAUCGAGAAAAUGACCACUUCUAUCCCAGACCUGGAAAAUGGUCAAAGUUUCUACUUCGCCGUAGAUACGGCUGAUGAUGAGCGCAUAAAGAAAUGGCCAAGCUUUGUUUGUGUAGCAGAUGGCAAGGCCAUCGUUAAGAUGACGGCCGUGCCUGAACCAGAGAGGUGAUGAAUCAUCUGAAUCGCUAGGUUUGAUAUAUUUGCAUGUGGGCCUUUCACGAGGAAAUCAGGGAACAAUAAACGGAGUCAAGGGGAUCUCGGGAAAAUGGAAUAACG